UGACGUUCUCAGAAAAACAGGUUACGCCAUAUUGUCAGUUUCCGAUGCGAGCGCUAACGUUACAUUCCUGCAAAAAUGACAAAAUAGCUGACUUUAUCGACAGCAGACGCUAAGAUGGCGCACACAGGGGCAAUGGAAGACGCACUCGUGGAUGAUGGCUCUGCCCAGCAGGGGUCUGGUAUCUGCCUGCGAAGUCGACCAUGCUCCAGCGAGAGAGACGGUCAGGUACGAGCUGUCAAAGCUGCUCUUCAGUCCAGGUUGGGGCCCUACGAGCGCGUCCUGACCUACCUGCAGUCCGUCCUAGUGUGGGAGAGACCCCUACAGUGUGUGCUUCUCUAUACUGUAGUCAACGUUGUGUUUUGGUUCUUCGCCCUGACCUCACUGCGCCUGCUGUUCCUGCUGGCUUCUGGUCUGGCUAUAGUUGUCUGUGUUGAUACCUGGAAAAAUAAGAUCUGGCCUGAGAUUGGAGUCAGAAACUUGGAUGAAUCAGAAAAUGAAAGCUGGGGUCUGGUGCAGCCUGACAUCCUCAGUGUGCCUGAACUUUGCCACCACAUCGCUGAGGCCUGGGUCAGCGGAGCAGUCCUCGCAUCCAGUGUGGUGCAAUACAAACAACAAAACCCUGGCAAGUUCUGCAUCCUGACCUGUGGAGUGUUCACCUGCCUCGCUGUGGUUGGACGCUACAUUCCUGGAGUGGUGCUCUCCUACUCUGCUGUGUGGGCUACUCUUCUGGCUCCUCUGGGGGCCUAUCACAGGGUUUUUCAGCAUGUAUGCGUGAAGCUGGAGCCGGUCCUGCAGCGACUGGACUUCAGUGUUUGUGGAUACAUGAUGUCAAAGCCCAUUGAUAACCAGUUCCUGCGGAGGCCUAUCCGUGGUGCAGCCUCAGGGGAAGACAGUGAUAGCGAGGAGGAGUUGGCUGCUUUCUGCCCAACGUUUGAUGAUGCUGUUGUUGCGAAGGAACUUGCAUUGACCGACUCUGAGCACUCUGACGCUGAAGUUUCCUACACUGAUAAUGGAACAUUUAACAUAUCACGUGGCCAGACCCCGCUCACAGAGGGCUCUGAGGAUCUUGACAGACACAGUGAUGCUGAGGAAUCUUUUGCUCAAGACCUCCCAGACUUCCCCUCCAUAAACCCCGAUGCCACUCUGAUGGAUGAUGAUGAUGACACGAGCAUAGGUCUGCCUAGUCUGGGUAUGUCUGGGCUGACUAGUCAUCGGGCUUCAGUGCUGGAUGUAGAUUCACAUCUGGACUCAGAUCAGGAGGAUCUGGAUGCCGAACUUUCUCUCAGCGGCCUGCCACCUGCUUCUGAUUUCUCUGGAGAAUUGGCCGGAGUCAUUGCCAGCAACAUGAUCCAGGCAGCGCUGGCCGGGGCGCUGCAACCUCGGCCUCCCGCUUCUCAGCGCAGAGAGGGCCCCCCAAGAGCCGGGGCUCACAGAAGUUACCGAAAGCAGUCCAGCUCAGAGCUGGACACAGACUUGGAUGGAGAGGAUUUUGAAAUGCUGGAUCAGUCUGAACUGAGCCAGAUGGAUCCCCUCGGAGGAGGAGGAGGAGGGGGAAGUAGACGGGGAGAGAGCCAGGGGUCUACCUUCUUGUCCAGCCUGCUGGGUAAACCGCAGUAAAGUGUGCAUGUGUGCGUGCGUGUGUGCGUGCAUGUGUGAGUGCGUGUGGGUGUAGGUGGGCGCAUGUGUCUGUACGCCUGUGUUCAACUUCAUGGGCAGUGUUGGUGUUGAUGAGCUGUGAUUGUGAGAGAGGAUUUUUAGGUUCCAGCAGCCCUGCUUCUGAUUGGCAUCAGUUUAUCACUGUGAAGAACUUGUUUCAAUCUUUUCAAACUUUUAAUUUGAAACCCUGAUCAUCCAGAAAACCUUUUACUUUGUAGGCUGAGCAAUAGGAGGUGCAACAACAAAACAUAAAACACAUUCAGACAUUUAAUAAACCAGCAUUAUAGAACCUCGUUGCAGUCUUGUAAGUAUAUGCACCCAUAAAUUACAAGGGUACUUAAGUCAAUAACAACAGUGCCCAUAAAAUCUUUUCUACCUGGAGGUCAAGACAUACAGGGCUAUUUAACAUGGGACCAAAUAUGACAUUCCUGUUGGUUGAGCUGAGCCAUGUUACUUUAAAAAUAACAUUAUGGAACAGAAUUACAUCUUAAAUUUUAAAGUUUUCUUUCUUCAGUGAAAUAGAUGAACAAACUGUUUUUCAUCACAUUUUAUCAAAGAACCAGCAGUUGUUGCUUUCGAUAGUCCUCUGCUGUCCUCUGAUGUAACAUGGCUAUGAUCUUUUAGGAGAUGAUAUAUUUAAUGUUACAGGUUUACAGAUUUGAAUUUACAUUUUUUUUUUUAAAACAUUUGUCAGCAGUUGUGGAUUUGGACAGCAAUUCUCAUUUAUUAGCAAUAAUAUAUGGAUAAAAGUUUCCGUUCUCUGUAUGAUUUUAUUUUAUUUUUUAAUUUUAUGCUGUCUAACAUCUUCAUACAUUUUUUGAGCCUCUUUUCUUGAGAGUGUCACAUUACAGUCUUAAGUUCUCUGACCUGGAGGAACACUUGAUGUUAUGUUUGUUGUUCAUCGUAUUUCUCGUAUUUCUCGAACUCGUGCCCCAGGGGGAGGUCUGUUUCUUUUUUCUGUGUGAGUAAGUUCAGAAUAUUUUUCCAUUUUCCUGCCCUUUAAUACAGCUCAGUAACAUAUUGUGUCCAUGUUUAAUACCUUGAAUGAGCCCUCAGCUAUGUGUGUCCAGAAGUGAUAUUUAAGCAAAUUUCUUUGUAUCUUCUAUCAUCCUUGUAUUUCAUGUAGUUGAGUCAUACUGAACUUUUUAAGAGAAAAAUCAAAUAUUCUUCAGUUCAUAGAUCUUUUACUAUUUUAAUGGGGAAACAAGUUUACAUCAAAAUUGGGUAAAGAAAGUUAUCCUAAUAUCCUUUUACAAAAAAAGUGUUAGUAUGUAAAGGUUUAAAGUGGCUUUUGUUUGCAGGUCAGCCUGAUUUUAUUUGAUGGACAAACCAUGUCAGUAUGUCAAAACUUAGCUGUGGAAAAAGCACUUAAAACUUAAAUGAGCCACAGUUGAGAUUUAUUGAAAUAAAAUAUAUCAAGAGUCUAAAAAUGCUGGGGUUUUAAUAGAGGGGGGAAAACUCUUUAACUGUGUUAUUUUGAGAGGAAAAUCAUAGCUGCAAUAGAUUUAGCACAAUAGAAAAACUGCUGGAUCCACAUUCAUUGAGUUGGUAUAGAAAAAGUGUGCACUGAUAAGAAAUUGCUGGGAGUUUUAGGCUGAAAACAGGAUUAGUUUUUAUUAGUUUUUUUACUUGGUUUGGCCACCUCAUUUAACCAGAGUGUUGCUCAUUGCUGCUCCAUGAAGAGUCAGUUCCUCAGUAUGAGUGAUCUGUAAUCAGUUUGAUAAUGUAAUGUGCAUAGUAGUGUAUUUUCUUCUCUGUAACUGGUUUUGAUAUGUUUUGAUGUGCAAAUCAUAUUGAAUAAAAUGUUUGCAAAUAA